GGGUGGUGUGUGAAAGUGCGUUUGUGCGUCACAGAGGCCGUGGCGGGCAGCUCAUCUCCACCAGGUUCCGUUGUCUUCAACACAGACCAUUGGCCAUGAACUUGUUCUGCUUCACACUGGAUGGCUCCACAGAAAGCAUAUAUGAACCAGCAUAUAGCCAAACACUUGAGGAAGGCCAUCCCCAGUGCAGUUCUGCUCUUCUCAGUCGUAAAGCUGAGUGGGGCGGCUCAGAGCCAUCCAUCAGCUCCCAUCGACCUCAGAGUACAGUCAAGUUAAAGAGGGACAGUGAACGGUCACAUGUACCAACAUCAGUCUUGGACAAAGAAAUGUUAGAAAAAGACAAUAAUCAUGUCUGCUGGAUGUCAUCUGGUAACAAAAGUGACUUACUUCAUCCAAAGCAAGUCAAGAAGAGAGAAAAAUCUCCGUGUCAGGGCAGCCCAAAGACCAGAGAAGACAGGACACAGGCAGAUCCACCAGCACAGGCUGGUGAAACUGAAGCUGCCACGGUAGAAUCUACUCAAACCACAGGGAGACUAAAGAAGUUUCAGAAUCUGGUCCAGACGAAGAAGGGACAUGAAAUGGGAGCUGGAAAAGAGAAGACUACAUCUGAGAAUAACGAUGACGUGACUGAUGUAAUGAGCAACAGCAGUCUGGUGCUAACUUGCAUCGGCCGGGGAAAGAAGUCGGAGAAGAAACCCUCUAAAGGUCCACUGCCACAGCAGCCGCGACAACAACAGGCUACAAAUCUUCACGGUGAUCCAGAGGAGGAUGGAGCUUGGAACCCAAGCUUUGGCAAUCAUCUGUGGAGCCCAUUUGACUGUCCGCAGCCCUGGUCCUCCUUCUACCACUCCUGCCACCAACCUCGACAUGAACUGUGGCCCUGUGAAGGCACCAUCUCGCUGCCUCGCACCACAGAAUGGGAUCGUUUUGAGAGUUUGAUACAGAAACUGGACAGCAGGCAGUCAGAUCUGCCUGCCCCACAAAUGAUCCGCUCCAUCACGGACCUUCACCUCUCACAAAACCCUUUGACCAGAUUUGGGAGAUUUGAAGCCUUCAGGCAGCACUGGAUGAAAUCUCAGGAUAACGGGAGUUGCCUGCCAAAGCAGGAGCAGAGUGGUGAGUUGGCCCAAUCCAGGCAGCAGAGGACGGAGACGGUGACCUCAACACAGAGCGACAGGAAGCAUGUCAAGGCCUCACAUGAGGAAACGCUGGCAGCCCUCAUCAACAAAGACGUGCAGAAAGAUGAAGCAGACGAGAGGGAGGCUGUCCAUGAAAAGCCAAUUUCCAAAGGACGCAGGCCAACGAGUAACUCCCUGGAAAGCCUCUAUAGUCUCAACAGUGGACAAAGCUCCUCCAGUGGAGUCACCAGUGGCUCAGACUGCUCCAGUAACAGAGACAGUCUGAGGCUGGAGGACGACCUAUCGUACUCAAGACAGUUCUGUGGCAGAGCACAAGUCCACACGGGGUUUGUGCCAAGUCCGUACGACACUGAAUCCCUCAAACUCAAGGUGGGAGAUGUAAUUGACAUCAUCGCCAAGCCCCCUAUGGGAAUAUGGACGGGGAUGCUGAAUGGCAGAAUAGGAAAUUUCAAGUUCGUAUAUGUGGAUGUUCUAAUGGAGAAGAGUUCUGAGUCGCAAGGGCCUGAACAAGUAUACGAAGUGAGACACAAAUCGACAGUUGAGGAAGUGCUAAAGCGACUCAGCUUAGAGGAGUACUCCUCAUCUCUGCAGCUGAAUGGUUACCAAACAGUAGAUGACCUGAUGAGGUUGAGUGAACAUCACCUGACGAAGCUGAAUGUGACUGAUCCGGAGCACAGGCAGCGUCUGCUCGCCGCUGUCCACUCCCUGCAGCAACUGUGCUCUAACAGCCAUUUGAAGAACGAGGCUGAGGCCUCUAAUGAGGGCACGAAGGCAACUAUGAACAACUGCACAAGAGACUCCGGCUGCCACAUACCAUCCGACAGCCCAGACAUCGGCAUGGAGGAGGAAUAACAGCUCCACGAGAGCAGUCUAUCAAAAACUUACAGUUGUUUUAUUUUAUUUUUUGUUGUUGUUGGGAUUGCCUUUAAAUCCAUAGCUGU